AAAGGCUCUCUCUCUCUCUCCCUCUCAGAACAGUCCUCUCGCUCUCUUUCUCCAUCACUCGCCAAAUUCCCGAUACUUUUCUUUUUCUAAAAUUUUCAGCGAAAUCUCUCAAACCCUCCAAACAUAUCGGAAACAUUUGGGAAACUCUCCCACCAGAUCGGAAAUGAGAAAAUCCACCCACGUUUCAUCAUCACCGUUUGAAAAGAUCAGAAACCCAUCUCACCCCUCGAUCCGGUAAAUUGCAUUUUAUGCUCAUUCGAGAAAAAAGGGAGCUGUUUGGAAGAAGUAAAAAAAGAUCGCGUUGUAGCUGAGAAACGUCACUGAUUCGGGAUAUUUACUUCUUCUUCUUCUUUUUUUCGAAUCAUUUUUUGUGCUUUGAUUGGUGCUGAUUGAGAUUUGGAGUGAUGUCUUUUAUCGGAUUUUUUUUGUAAUAUUUUUUAUUUGUGUUAGAUCGGGAAAAUCGUAUAUAGUGCUCUGUAAAUCACUUGGUUUGGGAAAGAAAAAGCUGUUGUUGUUCUUUUAUUAGAUCUGGGUUUGGGUUUUUAUGGAGUUUUUUAUGUUUGAGUGAAGAGAAAACUGAAAAGGAGGGAAUUUCAAGUAAGGAUUGAGAAAGAGUUUGAUUCGAUCUGGGUUUUUUGCUGUAGUAGAGUACUAUAUUUGAAUCACAUUGGUUCGAGUUUUGGGUGAAUUGCACAUUGGGAUUUGAUUUUGGGGCGUUAGAAUCUAAUCUUCUUUAUUGAAGUUUUCAGUGUGCAUUGCUUCAGUGGUUGUUUUAAUUGUGCGGAUUUGGAUGCUCUUGCUCUAAGGACAGGAGAUUUGAUUUGGGUUAUUCGGAUUUUAUCUGAUUCGAGGAGGGACGGAGGCAGAACUUGAUUUGGAGUGGGUUUUCGCAAGCAGGGUUUGGAUGUUUUUGUUUCAGGAUUGGGUGUUUGAUUCGGGGACAGGUUCGAUGUCGUUUAAUUGAAGAAGCGUUUGAGAUAACGUUCAAUUUUUUAUGUGGGUGUUUUCAUUCUGAUGGAGUUUUUGUGUGGUGAAGUUGGACGUAGGAGAUUCAUUUGGGAUGUUUGUGUUCUGUGGUGCGAAUGCAGUUGGAUUGAAAUUGUUGCUGAUAUGGGUAUUUUUCUGUGAUGGUGUUUUGGAUUGAGAUUGCUGUGGAUCCGGAAACUAGAUUUCAGUUUCUCUGGAUAAGUUUUUCCAUGUUCUCUGUUGAAAAUGGCAUCCUUUAGAAGGACUACGUCUGUGGUGCAGCGAGAUGGAGCUGUACAAAAUGGCGAGCCAUUUUCUGUUCCCUCCCCGCCUCACAAGAUGUCUUAUGCUCAUAAUUACUUGCCAUCGGGAGGAUUGUUAGCUGCAUUGUUUAGUUCGGCUGAUUUCAUGGUGCUGCGUAGGAUUCGAUCUGUUAUUCUUGGUUUUUGCUCACAGGGAUCUUCUCGACCUUUGGAGCGGUCGAAAGCAAAGGGACAGGGCUGGAGGAGGGCUUUCUUCCAUUUCUUUGUUUGUUUCACAGUGGGGAUUUUCAUUGGUUUCACCCCCUUUCUCUCAUUGGAUUUCUCUGUGAAUCUUGUGCCCAAGCACCAAGUGUUUUCCUUUGAUAUCAGUCCCCCAGAUGGGAAUGCACACCCACAUGUUGAUGUUGUCAGAUAUGGGACUUCCUUGCUUGAGAAUGCCGAGUUCAAGAGCAAUGUUAGCUUAGAAAUGGAGGUGAAACGUGAACUGAGAGAUGAGAAUUCUGAUGCUUUUUCUGCAGAAUCUCCCAUUCAGGAUUCAAAUUUCUUGUACCGAAAGCUUUUGAUAAUCGUCACUCCAACUCACCCUCGGCCAUUUCAGGCAUACUAUUUGAAUCGUUUGGCGCACACCUUAAGACUCGUCCAGCCUCCUCUACUAUGGAUUGUUGUUGAGAUGUCUGCACAAUCUGUUGAAACUGCGGACAUGUUGAGGAAAACUGGGGUUAUGUACAGACAUCUUGUGUGCAAUGCAAAUUUGACCAGCAUAAAAGAUAGAGGCGCUCACCAAAGAAAUGUGGCACUUUCUCACAUCGAAAAGCAUCACCUUGAUGGAAUUGUGUACUUUGCAGAUGACUAUAACAUGUAUUCAGAUGAUCUUUUUGAGCAAAUGAGGGAGAUCAGACGCUUUGGCACAUGGCCAGUUGCCAUGCUUCAGGAAAGGAAGAACAAAGCUAUAUUGGAGGGUCCCGUGUGCAAUGGCAGCCAAGUUAUUGGAUGGCACACAAGUGAAAGAAGUUGGAGAACACGGAGAUUCCAUGUCAACAUGUCAGGAUUUGCUUUCAAUAGUACCGUACUUUGGGAUCCUAAGAGAUGGCACAGGCCCACUCCUGAAUCUAUCAGGCAUCUAGACACUAUCAAGGAAGGAGUUCAAGAGACCAUGUUUAUCGAACAGAUUGUCGAAGAUGAAAGCCAAAUGGAAGGCUUACCAAAUGACUGCUCAAGGAUCAUGGUUUGGCAUCUGCAUAUUGAAGCUCCUGAGCUUUCCUAUCCUCGAGGAUGGUUGGUGCACAAAAAUCUAGAAGUUGUUGCUCCCCUGAUGUAAAACCCCCUUUUGCAAGGCCAUAUGAUCAAACGAUUGAUUAAGAAACGCAUCCUUCCCUGCUAAUGCCGUCUCCCAUCGCAUAGAUCUUCACCACCAUCAACAUUGUUUUUGGUCUCUUGUUAUGUGGAGGCAAGUAGCACGUAUGUGAAGUUGUCGGCAGAUUCUUUAUUUUCAAUCAUUUCUUUUCUUUUUUUUUUGGUGCCAAACGGUAUUGUGUACAGUUAUUCCAGUUGCUGUUCAAUCAGUCCAUUGGGUGCUCUGAGAAUGUGCAAAUUCCACAUCCAACUAAACAGGAUUAUUGAGUAAAAACCAGUCCUCGUUGGGGCGAUGCAUGCAUCCAAAGGGUUGAUUUCCUGUUGCUUGUGUCAAAAUGCCAUGAUGAUGGGAGAAUGUAGGGAAUCCUGAAAGUGUAUUCUGGUUGCUCAGCUGGACUUGAUAUAUAAAUCCAUGCCUUUUUCUC